AUGACAAGUGAAAAUGAUGAGAAUAAAUUAAAACAAUGCUUACAAUCAAUUAUCGACGCUAUUUCUGAUACAAUCAAUAAUUUAACAAAAAAAACAAGACAUUCUAAUCAAAAACAAAUAUUAAAUAACCUUCAGUCAACCAUACAAAGUCUAUUAGAUGACAAUCUUGCUUCUUUUUCUUCUCAGUGUCGAAAUUAUAUCUUCGAUGCAUUAAAUCAUUAUAAUUAUAAUACGGAAGCAAAAGCAUUUGAUAGUGCAUUUACAGUAGAAUUAUUAGAUCCUUUUCGAAAUGAUCUUCAAGGUAGACUAUUUUUACUUGAUGCUUGCCAAGCUGCAUGGAAUGGGGAUCGAUCAAUCAUAGAAACUUUUAUUAGAAACUAUCCAACAUUAAAAGAUAAAUCUGGUCUUUAUGGAACAACUCUUUUAUAUUCUGCUGCUAGAAAUAAUCAUUUUCAUAUAGUUCAAUAUCUUAUUCAAGUUGGUAAAUGUUCAGUUAAUGCACAAAAUAAAGAUUAUCUUGAAAAAAGUCAUCUAUCAACAUUAAAAGCAACAGUUGGUUCAACAGCAUUACAUGCAGCUUGUUUUUAUGGACAUUUACAAAUUGUAGAAUAUUUAAUUCAACAUGGAGCUGAUUAUUUUAUAUUAAAUGCUGCAUUCGAAACUCCCAUUGAUAAUGGACAACCAAAAGCAAAUAUUCGAAACUUUUUUACUAAUUUUCUUGUUUUGAGUUAUUCAAGAGAUUCAAAUGUUCUUCCGAAAAGAACCAUUCUUGACGAAAUCGAAAAAAAUGAAGAAUACAUUAAUGAUUGUUUUUGGGAAUAUAAACCAUUUUCACAUGAUCGAUGGUUUCCAUUUACCGUAGAUGCAUCAUCUCGACUUCAAAAAGCCUUAACUAUAGAUUCCAAUGAAAAACUCAUUACUGAAAUUCAUUUAAAAGCAUAUCGAGAAGCUUUUAAUGUGUCAAUCGUUCAGUUUUUACGAUGGGUUAAAAAUUAUGAUCAACCAGAUAAUUUAGCUUGGGUUCGUUGUCGAGGUUCAUCUCUUCUGAAUUUUCAUUGCUAUUCACAAUGGCAAAUUAUGUUUAUGAAACAUCCAGCAGGAAUAACAAAUUCUUCAUCUCCAAUACAAACAUUCGAUAUGACAACCACUGAAAUACAACUGAAUUCAUGGUAUAAAGCAAAUGAUAAAAUUAAUUUUUUAUUUGAAAGAGCAAUGAAUUAUCAUCGAAAAUAUAUGACUAUUAAUUUGAAUUUUAUCAAUAAUGAAAAAAUAACAUUCGAUUUUGAAAAUUUUACAUUUACUAAUCAACAAAAUACAGUUGAAGGUUUUUUAAGAUGGAUACCAAAAUUAAUAUUGAAUGAUAAAAAAUUAAUACUUGUGAAUAAUUUUCAAUUACCAUCUGAUUCUGAUAUAAUAUUACUCACUACAUCAUAUUUGAAAAAAGCACCUCUCAAUGAAGCUAUUUCUACAAAUGAAAUGAAUCAAUAUAAUUUAAAAUAUGAUAAUGUUUUAGACGAGGACAUUUUGGAUUUUCCAAACAAGCAACCGAUAAAGGGAAAAACAUUGAAUAAAUUUUUGAAUGUUAUUCAAGGUGAUAUAUUAAGAGAACAAAGUGAUGUUGUUGUAAUAUCUACGUCAUCAAAAUCUUUACUUGAGAGUAUUUGGCAAGCAGGUGGAAAGCCUCUACAAAAGUCUUUCGUGGCGAAAUCCAAGGCAAAUCCAAAAGAUAUUGUUAUUAGUGUCACUACAAAUGGUCAACUUCCAGCAAAAGCGGUCUACUUUGUUUUGUGGGAGCCUAAUUCUGAUAGUACUAUACUUAGUGAAUCACUCGAAAAAAUAGUUUCGACUGUAAUGGAAAAAGCAGCAAGUGAAAACUAUACAAGUAUCGCAUUUCCAUCAAUUGGUUGUGGUCGAUUUGGGUGCUCAAUUAAUCUUGUAGCUCAAAUACUUAUUGGACAAUUUCAACAACAAUUAGCUAAAUAUCCAAUAAAGGUUUCAAUUGUUAUUCACCCUGAUAGAACAGAUAUAUAUAAUGAAUUCCAAAGGCAAAUUAAUUUUCUUCAAGGAAAAAGCAAAGCUUCAAGAGAAAACCUAAUGUCAAUAGCUGUAGGACAAGGAAAAAUAGAAGUUAAAAAAGGAGAUAUUACAAAACAAAAGGUUGAUGUUAUUAUUGGAAGUUCAUCAUCGGAAAAUUUAAGACAAGGUUUACUAGAAGCUGGAGGACCAGAAGUUGAAAGUGCUUAUGAUAGAGAAAAUCAAGCUAAUCCAAAUUCAUUAAUUAUUUCAACUCCAUCAGGAAAAUUACCUUGUGAAAGAAUCUUUUUUCUUAGAUGGGAACCUAAUAAAGAUCCUGAAAUUCUUCGACAAUCAAUAAUUGAUCUCAUAUGGAAUGUUAUUCAAAAUGUUCAUUCACAUAAUUAUAAAUCGAUUGCAUUUCCAGCUAUUGGAUGUGGAGAACAUGCUUGUUCUGUUGAUAUUGUUGUUAAAACAAUGGUUAGAGAAAUGAAAAAACAAAUUGAAAAUAGAAAAUUACCAUGGUCGGUUACAUUUAUCAUUCAACCUAAUGAACACAAUGUUUAUGAUGAAUUUUGUAAGCAACUUUUAGCAUCAAGUCAUGAACCAAUGGAUUAUAAAUUACCUUUAACAUGGCAAACAUCAAAAGAAGAUAACAUGAGACUUAUUGUACGAAAAAAUACAGAUGAAUAUAAAUCAAUUGUCACCGAUUUUGAUCAGAGCAUGAAAAAAAAGUAUCAAGAAAUCAUUAGAAUUGAACGAAUUCAAAAUGAACGAUGGUUUAUGCAAUAUUUAGCACAUGCCAGAGAUUUUCAAAAAAGAUUAAAUGACAAUACUGAAAAAUAUUUAUAUCACGGAUGUCCAGAGAGUGCAGCAAGUUCUAUUAUUCAAGAUUGUUUUAAUAGAAGUUUUGCUGGUGUGAAUGGCACAGCAUAUGGUGUUGGCGUUUAUUUUUCAUCCAAUGCAGCUUAUAGUCAUGGUUUUACGAAACCAAAUUCUAAUGGAGAACGUUUUAUGUUUCUUGCUCGUGUUCUUAUCGGAAAAACAACCAUAGGAAAUGCAUCGAUGAAAACUCGACCGGUUGGAUUCGAUUCAACAACAGAUGGAAAUCAUAUUUAUGUUACUUAUCAUGAUGCACAAGCAUAUGCUGAAUAUUUGAUUACAUAUAAAUAG